AUGACAUUGGUUACUCGUCGACACACCCACACACCCACACACACAUAUGAUCUAUCGGUCUUCGACGACCAAUACUCACAACAACAUGCUCACCUCCAAAAACAAACCCGCCAUCACCGCCUACCGAGUCUACUUUACCACCUCGGUCAAUCCAAACUAGACAAUGAAUGCCGUCGACAAACACCCGACCUUCACAGGAUAGUUGCACAUGCUUCCAAUGUCGACAGUGUACGACGCUGGUCUCAUGACCUCACCGAACUGUCCGAGACUGUUCCCGUCGACUCGAGCUCUGAUGACGAAGAUUCGGAUCCAUUCAAAGACUGCUACGAAGAAGAAGACAGCGAAUAUACUGCCCCGGGUGGCGACGUUGCAAUCUUUGGCUGUGACAUUGGGGACGAAGAUGCCCAUGUCAUCGACGCUACGUAG